GAUUUAGAUGUGGUGUGCCUGAAUGCCCACAUGUUUUCACUAAGUUUUCUUCAUUGAAAUCCCACAUAUACAGACAUCACAGGGAACAUCACAGAUCUGCUAAAGAGUAUCAGGCACAGAUGUGUGAUAAAACAUUUAAAUGCCAUGCAGACUUUUGUGAAGUUCAGUGUGGGACCCUAACACAGUUUUUGUCUCAUUUGAAGAGCCAUAUUCAGUCAGGUCUGGAGAUCCGGUGCCCAUUUGGUUGCAACAGGACAUUUAAGGUAUGUCCAAUUUAGAGGAGAUAAAACUCGCCAUCUGCUCUUCGGUACCUAGUCUCUCUGAUGAAACACUUCAAAAAUUGAUCCAUGGGCUUACUGCUAUUGGUAUUGAAACAAAAGCUGACCUCCACUAUGUGAAUGAAAAAGAUCUCAUGGAAUACCUCAGGCCUAUCCAAUGUCUCAAACUACUAAAUGCAUUGAAAAAUGAAGAACAAGCCAGCUGCUCGACUCCCCAACGCUCAUUACAUUAAGUUCUUUCUGAUACAUCAAGCCCAGGAUCAGAGAGUUCUUCAAGUUCUACACCAUCUCGUUCUUCUGCUUGCUCUUCAGCAUCUUGUGCCUGGGCUGAAACAUUUAAAGUGCCUUGGGAAGUCAUGCCUUCUGGAAUUAAAUUGGCCGUUGCAAAUAAAAAAAAGACUAUCACCAGCUGAUCGAAGGCAGCUAGUAAGGAUGUUAGUGGAUAAUAUGUGAAAACAUGAAGUCAACCCAUCAAAGGCAUAGUGUCAGGUUGUAGUGCAGAACAUUGUUAAACAGUACCCGGAAAACUUUGCUGAUGUUCUGGCUGAUGGAACAAAAAUAGGUAGUGGGUAUGCCUCUUUGCUCUUGCAAGUUAAAACCCGUGUUGAACAUGUAAACGGAAACAGCACAUUAGCUCGUCGGAGAAAAGAACGACUAGGAUCAUUGUGUAGAACCAUAAGCCAGAGCUCAAGAAGGCCGGCUGAUCAAUAUGGUUGUGUCAGUUAGCAGCCAGAGGAGCUUCCUGCAGGAGAAAAUGACACUCUAGAAGAGAAGCGCAAGCAAAUGGUACUGCUACAUUCUACUGAAGGAAUGUCUUGAGCCAAUAGAGAAGAACUUCACAAUUUGAUGGUCACAUAUUACCGUCAGCGCCGUGAUGUAAACGCCACUCCACCUCCGCCACUCUCUGAACUAAAGAACUCAUGGCCUUACCAGUUUUGUCUCAAGGGGAUCUUUUUACAUUUCCAUUUGCUUACUGACAUCUCACUGCUCCAAAAAAUCAUGGAGAGCAUUGAAGGGAAAGGGAAGAGGAUUCUAAGAUUUUUUCAAGAAAAGCCAACAAACAAUGAGGUGCAUGCUGUUCUGUCAAAGAACCAAGAGGGAAAUUCUCUGGUCCUGUGCAUCCUGCAACUCUUAAUGGUCCAUUUUAAAGAGAGAACAGAAUCCCUUCUAAUUGAAGCUGAUGUAGCAGCAACUGCAGCCGACAUGGAAAGAGAUGAAUUACCGGAUUCACCUGCACUGAUCAUCCAAGGUGAAUCCAUGACCCAAAUCAAGUGGAUGUUGUCAGUCAAAAGGGAAGUUGUUCUGGGCCCGUUUUCAGAGGCAUUUGUUGAGGGCCUGGCAGCAUUGUUUGUGACCUAUUACAACUUAAACCUUGCUUAUCAGGAUGAAGCUGCAUGCACACUGGAAUUUAUUCAGAGAGGAAUUGUGGGCAUAAACCCGGAAACUGGAUCAAAAGUUGCUGCUGGAAAGCGAGACAAGAAAAUGCAUGGAAUGAACCCACAUGUAUGCACACUGCUACGAAAGCUAAUGGACUUUGAAUGGCUUGCCAUAGUUUAUAUAGUAUAGUUAAAUAGUUUAUUUAAGUCACACUGUAGGGAUGUGUUCCCUUUAUGGUUGAUAAUGAAAUGCUGCUGUUCUCAGUGGUUCUUGUUGCGGAAGGAAGUAGUUUUCUUUCUUUUUUUCCAAGUAUUUCCAAGGCUAAACCUUUCAUUUAUUGUGCAGUCUCCAUUAUUGUUUCUCCAAAUAUGUUUUGGAAAACCUGUUAUUUUGAAGGUUUUAUUGUUCACAUUAUACAUUAAAUUGACAAAAAGGGAAAGACUACUGAAAUUUACAGCAAAAGUAGGUUUACACUAUAUCACAGCAGUGAAAAAUCUCAACUGUAGUUAAUUUAGUGAAUUGGAUUUCACAACAAAAAUUUACUAUAAAAUGUAUGUAUAGCAGUACAUGUAAGUUCACAGUUGCUCUUGUAAUUUCACUCACAUUCAUAAACAUUAUUUCUACUGUAAUUUUACAGUGCAUAUAUAUACAGCAGUGUGCCGUGUUUUUACAGUACAAUUGUAGUUAAUGAUUUACAGUACUCUUGUAAAUUUACAGUCUUACUGGCAACCAAAAUUGUAAUUUUGCAGUGUGUGUGUGUGUGUGUGUGUGUGUGUGUAUGUAUGUAUAUAUAUAUAUAUAUAUAUAUAUAUAUAUAUAUGUCUUAUUGUGUAUUCUAUAUAUACUUUAUUUUCUAUCCAAUUUUAUUCUUAUACUAUUUCUAUUUUUUUUUUCUAUUUUUAAUUAUUAUUAUCUCUGUCUUGUUGCUGUAUUGUAUUGUGCACUGAAAGCUCCUGUCACCAAGACAAAUUCCUUGUAUGUGUAGGCAUACCCAGCAAUAAAGCUGGUUCUGAUUCUAAAAAAUUCUCUGUAAUGGUGAAGAUGCCACACCAACUAGUGGGUGAAAUAAUUAUCACAUUUAGUGCACUGGUAAUACACUGCGGUCUUGACUAAGACCAUAAGCCGAGACCCGGAUCCGAACCAAGACACUGAGUAACAAGAUCCAGACCAAGACCACAAGAUCAAGACUCCAACUCAACUAAAAAGAUUUAUUCUAUCAAACACUUCAUUCAUUGUAAAACUACUCGUGUUAUCUACAGGUUGGAAUGUCCACAAUGUAAGGUUUUCUAUAUUGCUAAAACAAGAUAUUAGCAAGACCGUCUGGCUGAACAUAAAUAUGCCAUUAGGAGGGGUAAUGAAGAGUAUCCUAUGCCUAAACAUUUUAAAUCAAUGCACAACUGUAAUUCUUCUAUUAUUAAAAUACAAGGUAUUGACCAUAUACGUACAUCAAUCAGGAAAGGUAAUAGAGAACAAAAACUUAAUUAAAGAGAGACUUUUUGGAUAUACAAGUUAAAUGCUAUGGAAUAUCCUGGA